GUUAACUGUUUUGUUCUUUUUUUCUUUUUUUUUUCUUGAUUGUCAGUAACUUGUAUUUCUCAUUUUCUGAUCUAUCUCGCAAGUCCCAUUCACGCCCAAAACUGAAAGCAAAAUAGCAACCAGAAUACCCAACCCCAACAACAGCACGUCGGCAACAACAACCGUUUGGGAGAGUGAAAACGACGUCAUAUCUGAACAUUUUCUCUGUUCUUCAAGCAAGCCGCUAAGACAUCUCUAUCUCUUUAAUCUCCUUCGUUUCCGAAUCUUCCAUUUGGCUCUUUAUUAUUAAAAAUGAAAUUGUUGUUUUAGGGGAUUGUAUCUAUGAGCAUGUACUAGCAGAGCACCUUCUCUCUAUUCUACUCAUUGUUUUUCUCUUUCUUCGUUGGAGGAGGUUAUUGUUUGAUCCAGAAAAGAAAUGGUGGUUUCUGGGCCAAUUACACCUGGACAAGUGGCUUUUCUCUUAGGAGUUAUUCCAGUUUUCAUUGCAUGGAUAUAUUCAGAGUUCCUAGAAUACAAGAAAUCUGCAUCUCAUUCUAAAGUCCAUUCAGACAAUAAUCUGGUUGAAUUAGGAGAUGAGACAAUUAAAGAAGAUGACCGGGCUGUUUUGCUUGAAGGAGGUCUCACAAGAUCAGCAUCUGCUAAAUUCCAUAGUUCAUCCAUCAAAACGAACUUGAUUAGGUUUUUGACUAUGGAAGAUACUUUCCUACUGGAAAAUCGGCCAAUUUUAAGAGCAAUGGCUGAGGUUGGGGCUAUCCUGGUGUACUUCUAUAUAUGUGACCGCACAAAUUUCCUAGGAGAAUCUACCAAGAAAUACAACCGUGACCUUUUCCUCUUCCUCUACGCUCUUCUCAUCAUAGUUUCAGCAAUGACUUCUUUGACAAAACAUAAUGACAAAUCGGCAUUCUCUGGAAAGACCAUGCAAUACCUCAGUAGGCACCAGACUGAAGAAUGGAAAGGAUGGAUGCAGGUCCUAUUUCUAAUGUACCAUUACUUUGCUGCGACGGAGAUAUAUAACGCAAUACGUGUCUUCAUUGCUGCAUACGUUUGGAUGACUGGAUUUGGCAACUUCUCAUACUAUUAUAUUAGAAAGGAUUUUAGUUUAGCACGUUUUACCCAGAUGAUGUGGCGACUCAAUUUCUUUGUGGCAUUUUGCUGCUUUGUUCUCAACAAUGACUAUAUGCUUUACUACAUCUGCCCAAUGCACACACUUUUCACCCUGACGGUGUAUGGAGCUCUUGGGAUUUUCAGCAAGUACAAUGAGAUACCAUCAGUGAUGGCUGUGAAAAUUCUUGCAUGCUUUCUCGUAGUUAUCUUUAUUUGGGAAAUUCCUGGAGUUUUUGAAAUAUUCUGGAGUCCAUUGGCUUUCCUUUUAGGGUACACUGAUCCUGCAAAACCUGAUCUCCCUCGACUGCAUGAGUGGCAUUUUAGAUCUGGUCUCGAUCGCUAUAUAUGGAUAAUUGGAAUGAUAUAUGCCUAUUAUCAUCCCAAUGUUGAGAAAUGGAUGGAAAAGUUGGAGGAAUAUGAAACUAAGAGAAAAUUCUCAAUCAAAGCAAGCAUUGUUGCAAUUUCUUUAUUUGUUGGGUAUAUGUGGUAUGAAUGUAUUUACAAGCUGGACAAGGUUUCGUACAACAAAUACCAUCCCUACACAUCAUGGAUUCCUAUAACUGUCUACAUUUGCUUGCGGAAUUGUACUCAGCAGCUUCGGAGUUACUCUUUGACUCUCUUUGCGUGGCUUGGCAAGAUAACUCUGGAGACUUACAUUUCUCAAUUUCAUAUCUGGUUGAGAUCAGACAUGCCUAACGGUCAACCGAAGUGGCUUCUUUCUUUUAUCCCAGAAUAUCCACUGCUAAACUUCAUGCUCACAACUGCCAUUUAUGUCUUGAUGUCUCAUCGCCUGUUUGAAUUGACAAAUACACUUAAGUCAGUUUUCAUACCCACAAAAGACAACCGACGGUUGCUAUAUAAUUUCAUAGCUGGAGUAGCCAUUUCACUGUGUUUGUACUUCACCUCACUCAUUCUUCUUCAGAUUCCUCGUUCAACCGCCUGAGAAAGCAUGAUUCAUGAGUUAGACAGAACUUUUACAUUGGACAUACGAAAAAAUAUAUAUUGUUGGAGCAAAAUAAGAUAAAUUUGAAGCUGUCUACGAAUCUAACUUCCGAAUCAGAUGUUUCCAACGAUUGAGUAAAAAUGCCCUUCCUUGAUUUGAAACUAAAAUUCUUGGCUUCACCUUGGGACAUUGAUAGGGGGCAGGCAUACGGCAGGAAGGAAAUCUUUCUUUCCUUUCUUUUUUUUUUUUUUUUUUUUUUUUCUUUUAUAUUUUGUUGUAAUAUUGGAAACUGCCAUAUAUCGUUUCCUUUUUGUCAAUUUUUUGGUCAUUCAUUGAAGAAAAUGUAGAUUCCUGUGACUUAGAAUGUGUUGUCUUGGCACCAAACAAAUUCGAGAUCUAAUACUAAUGCAAAAUAUUUCUUAUUGUGAACUUCCAUCGUCUAUAAUAUUGAUCAUUUGUAAACCU